GCACGACAAUACCCGAAUGGAAACAAAUUAUAAACACCACAAUACUUCACGACUUUCUUACUACUAAACUUUACAAAGUGAAUGCCCUGUAAAAUAUAUUUAAGUAUUAAGUAAUAUAAACGGAUUUUUCUGGCAAAAAUCUCCUUUUUGAUUGUGAUUUAUACUGACAACCAGCAUGAAAAUAUUCUGAUUGAAACGAAAUAAUUUAAGAGCUUCUGUCAAGUUCUGAUCAUGUGAUAGUGACUUUUGAUCAGUCCCCGACACUGGCGAUUGUUAACAACAUUAAGCCGUUAAAAUAGUCGGACAAAAUAGAUAUGGAAGCAACAGAUAGAUCAUACCGUUUCUUGUUGCUUUUCUUCAACUGUAUGCUGACAUUUGGAUCUUAUUUUUGUUUUGAUAUGCCAAGUGUUUUACAAGCACAGUUUACUGGGGUAUCAAAUUGCACAGAUAAUUCCACCAAAUAUGAUGAGUCCUGUGAAUGUGAAGGAUGUCUUGGAAUGUCUAAUGAUGAUUACAAUCUGUUAUAUGCUAUUUACGCAUGGACGAAUGCUGUAGUAGUAAUUGGUGCUGGUUUUCUGAUUGAUAAACUAGGAAAUAGAAUUGGAUUAUUCCUAUUUUCAUUCCUGUGUGUUCUUGGAUCAUCAACCUUUGCUGCUGGAGUAUUCUUUAAAGGAACAUCAGCCAUGUUGCCAGUUAUGUUAAUUGGUCGUUUGUUAUUCGGAUCUGGAAAUGGUUCUUUGACAAUUGUUCAGAAUAGAAUUACAGCAUACUGGUUUAGGAACAAGGAAUUAGCUAUGGCCUUUGGAAUAACUCUGGCUUUUUCACGUCUUGGAAGUGUAUUGAAUUUCUUUAUGACACAGAUAUUUGAGGAUUCUUAUGGACUGACAUGGACUUUAUGGGCAGGUGCAAUCUUAUGUGGUUUGGGCUUCAUUUCAUCCUUUAUUGUAAGUUUUAUGGAUAUAUAUGGAGUAAGGCAACUUGGAGAUGAACAAAACCUUCAAACAGAGUCUAAAAAACUAAAAGUAACAGAUAUAAAGUAUUUCUCCAUGUCUUACUGGUUGUUGGCAUUGACUAUUAUGUUUUUCUAUAAUGGAGUUUUCCCUUUUGUUGCAGAUGCAAGUGAUUUUAUUUUUGAAAAGUAUAAAGAUAAAUAUGACUUCAGUAAGAGAACAUCCUCCAUAUUGGCUGGUGCUGUAUAUGAUGUUUCUAUGGUGUUAUCACCAUUUCUUGGUGGUUUAAUUGAUGUUAUUGGAAUGAGAGGAGUUCUUGCCUUAACUUGUGCCUUGUUAACUAUACCUGUCUUUGGAAUACUAGCUUUUACUUAUGUAUACCCACUAGUGGCAACUUUAUGGCUGGGAAUUACCUAUUCUUUUGCUGCAGCUAGUAUGUGGCCAUCAAUCCCACUUGUUGUGAGUCAGGCUACGGUUGGAACAGCUAUGGGAUUAACUACCUCAAUACAGAUGAUUGGUAUAGGAAUAUCAAACUUGGUUGUUGGUCAAAUACUGGGCAAAAGUCAAGAUUUGUCAAGAGAAGAUACAUUAUUGAGAUGGAAAUAUGUUAUGAUAUAUCUGUUGGCCAAUUCUUUGGCCUGUGUUGCUACCACUACAAUUCUUAAUCUAAAUGAUAAAAGGAGGGGUGGUAUAUUAAAUCUUAGCAGAAAACAGAAGAUGGCAAUAGCAGAACAAGUAGCAAAAGAAAUAGAAGAAGAAGAUGAGAGGCGACCUCUAUUAAGAGAUGGUAGUAAACCCAGUAUAAAUUAGACAUGGAGUUAACUAAAUCAAUAAUGACAUAUUUAGAUUGUGUUAAUACUCAAUGUUUGUACAUAGUAGAAUAAUGCAUUCAACUUGUACAACGGUCCAAAUUUAACUUUCCUGGUGGCAUCAAGUACUAUUUAUCUGUAGAUUUAUGAAAAGUAUAAUCUAACAAGUACAUAAAGGCAUGUAAAAAUUACAAGCACUCGAUGUGGAAAUUUCAUUUGGUUUUUCAGUCAGAACAACCUCUGCUUGUUAUUUAGUAAUAAUUAUGUGUUGUGCUCCAGUAUGUAUUACUUUGCAUUGAUUGUAUUAUAUUUAUUAUGUCAUUAUACCCCUGGUUUAUAAAGCACAGGUAUGUAAUAAUAAGGGAGUCUGUCCGUUCAUUCUUUCGUUCCACUUUUGAUAUCCACAACUUCUCCUGAACUGCUUAACAGAAUUUUAACAAAUUGUCAUAAAAUCUUACUGACAUGAUGUGCUUUUGCAUCUCCUGUUUCAUUUCUUCCUCCCAAUGUUUUUUGGGGUUUGCUUUUGGGUUUGCUUUGGCAUGACAUGGACUUUGUAAUGUCAACAUACUCAAGUACUCAAUUUUAUACACUUUUCCUCCUAAAUGCCAAAUCAGGUUUGAAUAAAACUUUUUUUUAGAAUCUUCACCAUAUAAUACCAUUGUGCAACUAUUAUUUUGUUUUUGGAUCCAAAUUAUUUUUGGUGUUUCCUUAAAGUAGUAAAUCAUUGAAUUUGCCAUUGCUCUAUCUUAUUUGUAUCUACAACUCCUCAGAAACACUUUAUUAGAAUUUAUUGAAAAUUUCUCUAAAUUUUAACCAUAUAUGUGCACUUCAUAUUCUGUUUUGGGAUCCAAAAUAUUUUUUUUUGUUUCCUUAAACGAAUUGCUAGUUGCAAGGGUAUCAUUGUAUUAGCUUUGUUUAGCAGUACUUCUAGUUUUAUUCGAUAUUAAUUUCAAUUACUUAGUAACUUACAUUGUAAAAAUUAAUGCAUUACUUUCUUUAGAUAAGAAGUGCAGCUAUUUGUUGAUUAUGCCAGUUGAGAUUUUGUUGUAUUAUAUUUGUAUUUUUAUUUAAUAGAUAAAUUGAUACAAAGAUUAUGAAAACACAAUUAUUCAUUAGGGCUCUAAAAAGAGCACUUUUCCUGGUUUUGCCAUAAUAUUUAUAUUUAUCUUACCUCCUAUACACUUCUAGGAAUAUCAUUGGUUAAAAGUGAACAUGUGAAGACCCUGUAUAUUUGAUAUGGGGUUAGUGGGCGUGUUUCAUUUUAAUAUACGGUUAGUAGUGGUGUUACAUUCCUUUAUAAAAACAACACGGCAUUGAGCAAAAAUCUGAAAUGUUUCGCCCGGACAACAGAUGAAGAAAUUGAUGAUGAACGAUUGAAAAUAAAUGCAGAAUACACAUUAAAAGCUAACAAGUUGUUAUUGUUGGCAUUUGUUAUUGUAUAGACCAAUGAAAGUAGGUUCUUAAUUUUGAAGACUUAAUCACUUUGCCACAUGUUAAGAUAGUAAGAUAAAUUUGUUACACAGUGUGCUAGUGACCUAAUACCAUAUAUAUGGGGUCAGUAAAUUCCUUAUGGGGUUCGUCGCUCUCACCCCAUAUGGAAUUUACUGACCCCAUAUAUAUCGUAUUCGGUCACUAGCACACUAUGUAACAUUUUGAGACAUAUUACAAAAUUCAUUACUUAUCAAUUGUUAAUGCUCAAAUUAUUUACUAUAAUUCAAAUUAUAUAUCUAUAUUUGUAUAUUGAGAAUGGUUAUGUUAUAAAAUAUUU